UUCCAACACCAACGCCCUUUCUUUUUUAACCAAUUAUUCCCUCUUUUCCCAAAUCAAAUUUCAUUGCCGUUUGCCGCAACAACAUCAUAGAAAACACCAAAAUCCGACAUGGGAAGAGGCAGAGUAGAGAUCAAGAAGAUUGAGAAUAUCAACAGCCGACAAGUUACAUUCUCAAAACGCCGAAAUGGGUUGAUGAAAAAGGCCAAAGAAUUGUCGGUUCUUUGUGAUGCUGAGGUCGCCAUUGUUGUCUUCUCCAGCACUGGAAGACUUUAUGAAUUCUCCAGUACUAGCAUGGAACAUACACUUUCAAGGUACAGAGGACAGGGCAUGGAGUUGGAUUUUCCAAGAGAGACUUUGGACCAUCCAACACAACUGCCACCAUCGGAUUCUGAUGCGAAGUCAUCCGAAGACGAGUUCGUAAAGCUGAAGUUAACGUACAUGCAGAUGAGAGGGCAAGAACUGGAUAGUUUGAGCUUUAGAGAGCUACAAAACUUAGAAAAUCAAUUGCGGGAAGGGAUCGUAUCGAUCAAAGACAAGAAGGAGUCAUUGCUUUUGGAGCAGCUCCAAAGGUGUAGGUCGCAGGGGGAAGUAGUCAUUUCCGAGAACGAGACACUGCGAAAACAGCUUGAGGAGUUUCAGCAGAGAAAUAAUACACCACUUUUGGAGUCGAGCCCGCUUCAGAGAUCGUACUUUUCGGAUUCGAAAACCGCUUCUACCAACGAGACUGAGGCCGAGACUGAGGCCGAGGAAAAUGACUGCUCGGAAAUUUCCUUGCAUCUGGGGUUGUCGUUGGAUGGUCGACAAAACAGGAAACGAUCGGUUGAAGGCACGAGCAAUGACACAGCAGGCAGCUAAGUAGACAUGGAAGGAGACGCGAUUUUCGCAAUGAUGAACUCUCUCCCAUCAUUUUGGUCUGUAACCGACUCGGUUCCUGUUCGGGUUUUGCUUUCGGCGUUCUUGUUCAUCGGGAUCGGAGAGGUAGAGCCUUACUACAUUGAAUUGUCCACAGUCACCACAGUUUAUAUUGAUCUGAGAAACUUGUUACUUUCAAUGAAAAUUGUUACAGCUAUUGUAAUCAAUAUCUGAGCAGUGAUUUUUCUUCCCUUUAUUUUUGAUUCU